AUGUCUAGAUUUUUCGAGUCGGCUGAUGAAGAGAGGGAAGAGAACUAUAAGGCUAAAGUAAAGGAAAAGACAUAUGAAGAAUCUGAGAAGCAAAGCAAGAAGGAAAAAAGACUUUAUGAUCUGCAAUGCAAGGUGAUGGAGCUUGAGGAGGAAGAGAAUCAGAAGGCCUUUGACAAGAAAUUGAAGAAGAUGCUUACUGAUGUGAAGAAAGUAGAGAACCAUUUUGGCAGAGCACUUCCUCCAUUUCUGAAGAAAUUUUUGAUGUCGCCAAAGGUAUAUACCAGAUCACACAAGAAAGCUAUUGACGAGUUACUGUCGAGGUACGAGCCCAAGGAGAGUAUUGAUACCCAGAAAGAGGAUAAAAAUGAUGAGGAAAGGAUAUCCAAGGACUUGAGCAAGAUACUAGUGAUCAAAGAUGGUGAGCAGAGGAAGAAAGAGUUAAAGGAGUUCAAGGACAGCACCAAGGACGGAACAAUGAAAGCCAAAGCUUUGAUAGCUCUUCUGUCGGCCUAUAUGAAGUCCAAGGAUGGAGUGGAGAUCAUGAGAACAAUAGAUGAACUGCUUGAUUGUUUCAUAGAUGGGGAGGAGGAUGUAGUGAGAAGCAUGCUCCUGGAGAACAUUGAUUUUUAUCUCGAGAUUCUGUAUGAAAUCCUUGACUCUUCCAAGAUCACCCCUUAUAGCAAACUGCUCAAGAGACUCUCGGACAUUAGCAGAGAAUCUGUUGAAGGAAGAGUCUUACAGUUUGAAUUCUUUAAGCUAGGAAGAGCUACGGAAACAGACCAUCCAUUGUUCAAGCUUCUUUACAUUGAUAGGGUACAAGGAUACAAGGAGUCGAAAGAGUAUUAUAAAACCAUGGGAGACACCAUUGGGGAGACAAAGAUUGAGCAGGAGGUGCUGCAGGAGUUUGGGAUGUCCUCGUUCAAGAGUGGAGACUUUGAGACAUCUUUUAAGGUUCUUUCAAAAUGCUCUGGGGUAGAAGGCUCGAGCCAUGAGACUCUAAUGAAGCUUCUCUGUGUAAUACUCAACGAUAGGAUCAGGGGAACACAGAUCCACAAUGAGUUUCUUGAAGGCUUCAAGAGUUUUGGAAGGAACAGAUUCUGCCUCCCAUCCGGAGACAAUACAUUUGAGGUAUAUAGAUCCUUCUAUCUCUUGAACAUGCUUGACAUGAAGGGCGCUGGAGAUAUAGUAAGAAGAUUCUGUGAGAGGUUUGAAGAGGACAUUUGGUUCAAGGACUUUGUAGAAUCAAGAAUUAAAGGCUAA